GUUCAUGAACGCCUCAUCAGGAUCCUGAAAUUUACGGAGAUUAACAGCAACCGACUGUUGUUUUGUUUAAACGCAUUGGCGUAUUAAACUAACACAUGGAAUCGUUUGUAUUUUCCACAUUUUGACGUCUGACGAAAUUUUUGGGAACGGGACUCUUCUCUCCGAAGCUGUCAACCGAGUAAAGAAGAUGACAUGUCCGAAAGAAGUUGUUGGCGACGACUGCUGUUGAACGAGGUCGUCUCUUGCCCGUAGAAGAGCCACUGAGAGCCGUCUCAACUUUUGAACGCCUCGGUAGCAAAAAGAGGACGUCCGGUUGAAAGGCUCCCUCCCUUUUCAUCGUAGUUUUCGACGCUUAAAGUGUCAAAUGGACAUUUGAAUAUAAAAAGCACGGCCGAGUCGUCCACACGAACGGCCAUGGAGAAGCCACAAGGCCCAACUGAAUAAACCGAGGACUCAUCGACUAGUUCAGCGGCUCCAGCCGAUAGCCCGCACCGGAUUCCUCUAAGGUCAGACCCACCAUGGACAUAUUUCCUCGGCCCAGCGGCGAGAUCCAGCGGCGAAACCCUCAACAUGACUUUGAGCUCAUCCAGCGGGUGGGAAGUGGCACCUAUGGGGAUGUCUACAAGGCGCGCAACAUCCAAACGGGAGAGCUGACCGCCGUCAAGAUCAUCAAGCUGGAAGCAGGGGACGACUUUUCCAUCAUCCAGCAGGAAAUCUUCAUGGUGAAGGAAUGCAUGCACCACAACAUUGUGGCCUACUUUGGGAGCUACCUCUGUCGAGAGAAGCUGUGGAUAUGCAUGGAGUACUGCGGUGGCGGAUCCCUGCAGGACAUUUAUCAUGUUACCGGUCCUCUUUCAGAGGUGCAGAUUGCGUACGUCUGCCGGGAGACUUUACAGGGUUUGGGAUACCUCCACACCAAAGGCAAGAUGCACCGUGACAUUAAGGGCGCCAACAUACUUCUGACAAACGACGGUGACGUCAAGUUAGCUGAUUUUGGCGUCGCUGCAAAAAUAACCGCCACCAUCGCCAAGAGAAAGUCCUUCAUUGGGACGCCUUACUGGAUGGCUCCGGAGGUGGCGGCGGUGGAGAAGAAUGGCGGCUACAACCAGCUGUGCGACAUCUGGGCGGUGGGCAUCACGUCCAUCGAGCUGGCAGAGUUGCAGCCGCCCAUGUUUGACCUGCACCCAAUGAGGGCCUUGUUUCUGAUGUCAAAGAGCAGCUUCCAACCACCCAAGCUAAAAGACAAAAACAAAUGGUCCGCCGCCUUCCACAACUUUGUCAAAGUGUCCCUGACCAAGAACCCCAAGAAGAGGCCCACUGCAGACAAGCUCCUUUCGCAUGUGUACGUGUCACAGACGGGCUUGACGAGGCGGCUCGCCGUCGACCUCCUGGACAAGAUGAACAACCCCGACAACCACCAGCAUUACAACGAGGUGGACGACGAUGACCUUGAGCCCCUCUCGGUGGUCCGGCACACCAUCCGCUCCACCAACAAGCAAGCUCGGGCAGAGAGGACGCGCUCUGAGAUGGCCUCAAACAAUGGGACAGAGCGAGGAGGGCCGCAAUCCCCUCAAGGGAGCCAAGCAGUCGACAAGUUGCAAUUCGAGCCGCCGCUGCGCAAAGAAACGGAAGCGCAUUCGGAAAUGGAUGUGAGUAAAGAUAAUGACUUCCAGUCCCCCUGGAGCCCCUUUGCUGAGGGGGGAAUAACAGCCAGGAGUCUCCUCAAAAGCGUUGAGGACGAGUUGUUCCAACGGGGACACGUCGCUCACCUCCAUGACGCCUUCAAUGAUGUGGAACUAUCCACUCUCAAGCCAGGGUAUCCUCCUCCUCGGCCCCCGAAGCCCCGCUUGCGCAUCCCCUGCGAGGACGCCGCCCUCAACGACGAGCAGUCGCUGACAGUGCGGCGCUUUCCCAACGGCGAAAACGGUCCGGGCCAGGCGUUGCGACGCCUGAGCACGCCGGAGCACGCCAACAAGGCCGGGAGCUCGUCGCCGGACUACCUUUCCGUCAGCGUCAGCAGCCCCGGGCUCCUGUCGCACGCCUCGGACCAGGACGACGACUCGGACGGAAGCUUGAAUGGCGACAGCCCCAAGCCGGCCCCGCACCGGGCGCAUCGGAAGCUGAAGAAGGAUUUUCCCAAACCGGCUAUCAACGGCUUGCCGCCAACACCCAAAGUGCUGAUGGGCGCUUGCUUCUCCAAAGUGUUCGAUGGGUGUCCCCUGAAGAUCAACUGCGCCACCUCCUGGAUCCAUCCGGACACCAAAGAUCAAUACCUGAUCUUUGGGACAGAGGAUGGCAUCUACACGCUCAAUCUGAACGAGCUGCACGAGGCUACGAUGGAGCAGCUGUUCCCCAGGAAGUGCACGUGGCUGUACGUUAUCAACAACAACCUGAUGUCUUUAUCGGAAGGGAAAAACUUCCAGCUGUACUCCCACAACCUCAUUGGGCUCUUUGAGCAGCUGAAGAAACCCGGCUUGGCCGCCCAGCUCCAGACGCACCGCUUCCCGGACAAGAUUCUGCCAAGGAGGUUCGCCUUGACAACCAAGAUCCCCGACACAAAGGGUUGUCACAAGUGCUGCAUCGUGCGCAACCCGUACACAGGGCACAAAUACCUUUGCGGCGCGCUGCAGUCUGGCAUUGUCCUCCUGCAGUGGUACGAGCCCAUGCAGAGGUUUAUGCUCAUCAAGCACUUUGACUUCCCGCUUCCCAGUCCGCUGAAAGUGUUUGAGAUGCUGGUGGUGCCCGAGCAGGAGUACCCGCUGCUGUGCGUGGCCAUCAGCCAAGGCGCCGAGCCCGGCCAGGUGGUGCGCUUCGAGACCAUUAACCUCAACUCCUGCUCUUCCUGGUUUACCGAGAUGGGAACCAGUAAUCAGCAGGUGGACGCCAUCCACGUCACCCAGCUGGAAAGAGACACAGUGUUGGUGUGUUUGGACCAAAACUUGAAGAUUGUCAACCUUCAAGGCAAACUGAAGUCCAACAAGAAGCUGGCGUCCGAGCUCAGUUUUGACUUUGGCAUCGGAUCAGUUGUGUGCCUGCAGGACAGCGUUCUGGCCUUCUGGAAGCACGGCAUGCAGGGCAAGAGCUUCAAAUCCAACGAGGUAACUCAGGAGAUCUGCGACCCAAGCAGAGUUUUCCGCCUCCUCGGAUCCGACAGGGUGGUGGUUCUGGAGAGCCGGCCGACGGACCACCCAACGGCGUUGAGCAACCUCUACAUCCUGGCUGGUCACGAGAACAGUUACUGAUCCACCAGGUGGAUUUUUUUUUUUUUUAAUUUACGUUACACAAGGAGAACCUUUGUGUCGCCGCAUGUUUACGUUGAGCUGACCGGCUGCUCAGCGCGUCCGACUCUCAAGGAGGCCGAGAGGAACGUCCAUCACACCAAAAGGUCACAAAUAAGAACUUUUUUUUUUUAAAUCUUGUACAUUUUACAUCCACUUAUUUGGAGGUACCAUAAGUGCCAUUAAAAGCUGGUGAGUAUCUUUUUGGGAGAGUUUUAGCGCCCCGAGGCUUGGAGCUUCUACCAUCCCACUUGAGCGGGAGCCACACGAGUGUUAUUUAAACAAUAUUUAUUUUUAUUAACAUUAACCUCGGGUAUGUCCAACUAAUAACCAGCAUCCAUCUGAGCAGCUUUUGUUUUUUUUUUGUUUUUUUUGCGAUGUAAUAUAGUCGCAUCCAUACUUUUAAAUAGAAAUGUACAAAUGUGCCCCCCUCCCUAGCUUUUAAACUUUUAUAGACCUUUAACUUUGUAUUUGCACGGUGUAAGCACUUUUGUACAUUUUUCCUUUUUUUUUUUUUUUUUUUUUUUUUUUGAAUGUAAUUUAAACAACAACAUGAGGGACAACGCGCUUCUGUCAACAUCUUUGCAUUCCCUUUGCAAAAUAUUGCUGUAUUUGUUUUGUUGUUUUAAUAAAAAAAAAAAAGAG